UUUCCCGUGGAGGUGACAGCCGUGGGCUUGCUGAAGCAUGGCCGGCAGAAGACCGGCAUGCUUUCUGUCUCCUGGUCUGACCAAACCCAGGUUCUCAUUUACAGGACAUUUGAAGAAUUUAGGACCCUCCAUAAAGGACUGAAGAGAAAAUUCCCCAUUGAGAGUGGUUUAUUGAAAAAGUCCGACCGGACCCUCCCAAGAUUUCGAGAUGCCAAUGCGAUGCUGAGAAAGAAUCAGAAGUUGAGCCGCUGCAUGGAGACACUGAAGCUGCUGGAGGUUUACUGCCAGGAGCUGCUGAAGACUCAAGCCAAAAUCUCCCGAGGAGAAGACGUGGUUAAGUUUCUUGAAGCCCACAGCCAGGAUCUGGAGCCCCCCUUUCCAGAAAACAGCAUCAUCGUUUUGCCUUCUGAAAUGGGAGAGAGGAAGAAAGAGGCUCCCAGGGCUCCCACCCUGACCAUCACACAGCCGGUCAUCUCCCAGAUGUACCAAUGCGUUGCACCCUUUCGAACGCAAGACACCCAGAACAAGCCCUUCGAAGCCACCAAGGCAGAAAAGCUGGAAGUGCUGAUGAAGGACAGGACAGGAUGGUGGCUAGUGGAAAACAACCGAAAGCAAAUCGCCUGGUUCCCAGCUCCAUACCUGGAAGACAGCAAAGAAAUGCCCAUCAUGGAAGACAAUGACGAGGAAGGGAUGCUCUAUUAUGUCACCCAGGCCUACAGAGCCAAGCAACCAGAUGAACUCUCCCUUGAGUUUGGGAUUGUGGUGGAAGUGCUGGAGAAAACAGACAGUGGCUGGUGGCGGGUUUGGUACAAUGGAACCACAGGCAUUGUUCCCUCCAUGUUUCUCCAGCCAUACAGAAACCCCCUUAGCAAAUUCCUGGCUCUUGCCUCUCCCUCCUUAUGCAGCUCCUUGCCAAACCUCACUGAAGCCCCCAGUCUCAGCAGCAAGAAUUGCACAGGCCAGCAAAAGGGGAACCAGGUUUGUCUCAGCCAGAAGAUGCAAAGCAAAGUCACUGGCUCACUCGAAGGCAAAGGCAUUCGUUCUCCAAGUACCUCAGGAAAUUCCAGGCCAGCCUCUGGGAAAGAGAGUUGGUCCAGCAGCUCCGGGAACGUGAGUGACCAAGGAUUCUGUGGUCCCUGUGAUCCUAAGGGCCACACUGUCCUCACAGAGACCCUUCUACAGACAUCUGGCAACCCAGGAAGAGCCUCCUUAAGCUGGCAGCAGAACAAUUCGGGCUUUGAAGAGGAAUCUUCUGGAGACCCUGUCCAUUUGCUUCCUUCCUCUGGUAUGGGCUCCUUGCCUAGUGGACCCAUUGUGCCCCCACGCCCCUCCCCCCAUGAAAUCCUCCAGAAAUGCAGCAGCCUAACCAGAAGGGCUCUGCAGAGAUCUCUGGAGCAGCCCAAGUGGUUCCCAGCUGUAGAAAGCAAAGAUGCCAUCUAACAUCAUGGGACUCUGAGGUUUAUUAGCGUGAGAAAUAACUGUUGUGUAUGGAAGGAAUCACUCAGUUCCUUAUGUAGGGCUAGAAUUGGAUGUCCUUCCACAGUCAGACUGAAGCGGCUCAAAGGAUGACGUUCUUCCACAGUGGGACACACCUCCAUUUUCCUAAAGAGAGAUCAAGCUGAAAGCACCACUUUAAGAGCUUUUUCACCAGGUUGGGUGACAUCACCUCCUGCAAUGGGACACCAUUGGGCCAUGCUGGAUGGAGCAGACACAUACCUGUGUGGAGCACCGAGAAUAUUUUGUGAAGGACUUAACCCAAUCCUGCCUGAACAAGAGAGAUGGGCAGGUAGAACUGAGGCCCGCGUGGCCCUUUGAAGCUCACUAGUAGUCCUACCUUCUACUCAACUAUCAACACCCAUGAGUUGUUGACUGCCGUACCCAGGUUGGGGUCUACAGUAGAUAUUUAUUUAAUAAUAUACUGGAAUGGACGUAUUUUAAUACUUUUAGGUAUUCCUUACUUAUUAAUGUAUUUUAAUAUUUUAAUAAUGGAUUUCCAUCUAGAGGCUUGAGGGUUAUUAAGACUAUACAAAUAUGAAUUAAUAAAAUGGCAUGUAAUAAAUAUGCUAUACUUUCAAAUUCCAAGCAAUCUGCCUGCGAAAAAUGAAAUUACUUUGCUUGCAAUUUCUUUGGAAAGUCUCUUCCCAUUUUUUUUUUUUAAAGUUCAACAAGUUACAUUUCACGGAACCUUUCCUCACUUAUCUCACUUGCAGAAUAAAAACUUCCGUUA